AUGGCCGCUCAGUCCAAGCUGCUCCCGCCCGACCGCUCCGUGAAGCAGAUCCUCUCCAGCCUCACCUCCCUCUACCUCAAACACCGAACCCGCAUCUCCCGCGCCGUAUACCUGGCCCUAUUUGCAGCGCUUGCAAAACGAAUCCAUAAUGCUAUAUCUGAGCAGAAGGCUGCCUCGCAGCAAGUCGAUCUGCGCCGACAGCGACCGGGUACCAGCUCACUUGACAACGACGAACAACCGCGCAAGAAGCGUGUUGAGAUCAACCGGGAAUUUUUUAAGCACUUGCUUCGCCUCCUCCGUAUUGUGAUCCCAGGUUGGAAGAGCAAAGAGCUACGUCUCCUGGUGAGCCACAGUGUCUUCCUUGUGUUACGGACGCUGCUCAGUCUGUAUGUGGCCGAGCUGGACGGCCGACUGGUGAGCAAUCUUGUACGGGGCAAGGGCAAGGACUUCUUACUCGGCCUUGUAUGGUGGAUGAUUGUGGCUAUUCCGGCCACAUUUACAAACUCUAUGCUCUCAUAUCAUCAAUGCAAGCUCUCUCUCAGUUAUCGAAAACGCUUGACCGACUAUAUCCACGACAAAUACUUGUCCAACAUGACCUUUUAUGCGAUCUCCGCCCUGGAUGAUCGAAUCAAGAAUCCAGACCAGCUCGUCACGGUCGACGUAUCGCGCUUCUCUGACAGCUUAGCAGAGCUCUAUUCUAACCUUGCUAAGCCGAUUCUCGACAUGUGCAUUUACAAUUAUUCCCUUUCGAAAAAUGUCGGUGGUGAGGGGCUGUUUAUCAUGAGCCUACUCGUGCAGCUAUCAGCCAACGUGAUGCGCAUGCUGACCCCGCCAUUUGGCAAGUAUGUCGCGGACGAGGCCAGACUUGAGGGUGAAUUCCGUUUCCUCCAUUCAAGACUCAUAGAUUACAGCGAAGAGGUUGCUCUGUAUCAUGGUCAUGAGGCUGAGAAGGAUACAUUGGAUAAGGGCUAUUUCACACUGAUUAGACAUGUGAACCGCAUUCUACGUCGGCGUUUAUACCAUGGCUUUAUGGAAGACUUUGUUAUCAAAUAUUUCUGGGGUGCACUUGGCUUGAUGCUUUGCAGUCUUCCCGUCUUUUUUAAGAUCCCUGGUCAAGUCACUCAGACUAUGGGUGAUCGCACUGAAAGCUUUGUCACAAAUCGACGAAUGUUGCUGUCCUCAUCGGACGCCUUUGGUCGAUUGAUGUUCUCCUACAAGGAAAUCUCAGAGCUUGCGGGUUAUACAUCCCGUGUGUCUUCUCUGCUCGAGGUCAUGGAUGAUCUGGUCGCUGGUCGAUUUGAGAAGAAAUUGGUAUCUUCAGCCUCAACCGAAGAGAAUGCGGCCGUUCUCUCAGGCCGCGGCAAAAUCACGGAAAGUGAUUCGAUUGAAUUUACCGAUGUCCCGAUUGUUUCGCCCAACGGCGAUGUUCUGGUGCGCAAGCUGUCAUUCACUGUUCAUCCGGGUGAUCACCUCUUGAUUGUCGGGCCUAAUGGAUGCGGGAAGUCCUCACUUUUCCGCAUCCUGGGUGGUCUUUGGCCUGUGUACGGUGGCACUGUCAAGAAACCUCGGUUCGAAGAUAUAUUCUACAUCCCCCAGCGUCCCUAUCUCUCUCGAGGGACACUCCGGCAGCAGGUAAUUUAUCCAGAUGGGGUGCGUGAAAUGCGCGCCAAGGGCGUGACCGACGCCGAUCUUCACGAGAUCCUUUCCGUGGUCGAAAUUGACUCGGUUGUGGACCGCCCCGGUGGCUGGGAUGCCGAGGAAGAGUGGCGCGAUGUUCUCUCCGGAGGCCUACAACAGCGUAUCGCCAUGGCUCGGUUAUUCUACCACCGCCCCAAGUUCGCUAUUUUGGACGAGUGCACAUCCUCCGUAACGCUGGAAAUCGAGAAGGUCAUGUACGAAACGGCCAAGAAGCUGGGGAUCACCCUCAUGACCGUGUCACAUCGUCGCAGUCUAUGGAAAUAUCACCAAAAGAUUCUGCAAUUUGAUGGCCAGGGAGGCUUUAUCUUCACUGGGCUUGACUGGGAACGACGAAUGAAGCUAGAAGAUGAGAAGGAUGAACUUGAGCUACAGUUACGGGCUGUCCCGGAAUUACAGCGACGCGUAGCAGAACUGACAGCAUCCUAA